CAGGGCUAAUCUUCCUCAAAAAAAAAAAAAAAAAAGGUACUGUUAACAUAGCUCUGCAUGAAGCAGAUUGCUUCUAACCUCUCUGAGCCUCAGUUUCCUCAUCUGUAAAAUGGUCACAAGAAUAAUGAAGCCAUUAAGAAGGCUGUUGUCAGAUGCAUAUGAAAAUUUCUGCACUGGGGGGUGGCCUUUUACCUUCUCCCUCUUGCUACCCCAUGGGCUCCUGUACUGGCUUGCUUUACAUUGAUGGGUGAUGUUGGACGAGUUACUUGGCCUCUCUGAGCCUGUUUACUCAUCCAUUGAACGAGUAUAAUAGACGGUGUUUUUGAGGAUUCUACCAGACUCUGUCAGGGCCUAGGGCAGUGCUACCACUCACGGCUUCAGGGGCAGGGCUGGUGAUAACAGGGACUUGCUGCGUGACUCUGAGCCGAGGCUUCCCUCUUCCUGGGCUUCCGUUUCCUUAUCUGUGAUGUUAGAGCUGGAGAGGGCAAUUUUCAAGGUCAAGGAGCAGCUCUAAAUCCUGUGUUUUCUCCCCAUCCCCUUUACCCAGGCACAGGGGCCCGGGAGCUGGGAUGCAUUUGUGCCUCCUGCACCCUGGGACGGGGCCUGCCUUCAGAGCCACUGCCCACUGCCUCUUUCCCUGGCUUCUCCCUAGAUGCUCUUUCUGGGUCCUGAGAGACUCUCUGCCCUUUGACCCCUCAGAGUGCCUCCCAAACCUCUCCCCAGGGCCUUGCUAAGGAGGCAAGUUCAUUAAAAGCCAACCCUGAGCAGCUUGAUGCUCUUCUUUAGCUUUAGCAGGAGGUUGGGGCUCUCCAGACAGAUGUAAUAGGCUGCUGUGGUCCCCGCCCCUGCUCCAGCCUCCCCCAUUGCCGGCAGGGGGUGCCAGAUCAGAAUGGGCAGGAGAGGGGUGGAUGGGGACAUAGAGGGAGCUCAGUGGGAAGAGCUUGGUGGGCACUGACUGGCAAGGUGGGCAAGGGGAGACCCCAGAAAUGUGUUUGAGAGCCACGUGCCCAGACACAGGAGUCCUUUGGGCCCCAUUGUCACCUUUCUAUGCCAAACUCUUCCUCCAUUGUAGUGUGAGUGUGUGUGUGUGUGUGUGUGUGUGUGGAGGGGUGUCCCUGCUGCUGUGAGACCCAAGUCUCUGCCCUUUGGUGGAAGGGAGGGAAAACAGGAAUAGCUUCCAGACGCUCCAGGACGGGAGGAAAUGUCUUAGCGUCAUGAUUGGGGCUGCUCAGGGAAAUGGCAGAACCUUGGUGACGGAGCGACUGGGGCCCCCAGGCUGACCUUCACAGGCUGGAGAGUCUGGUGCCCAUGGGCCUGUCCGCCCCCUCCCCCCACCCAGUUUCCAGCGGGCCUCCCUGUUUCCUUGCCUGCCUGCCAAAGCGGCUCUCUUUAGAUGCAUUCCCCCAUCUGACCACCAGGAGGCAGCAGGGACCAACACGUCUGCCACGCUGGACCAUUUUAAUCUUAAACCACCAGCUCUGCAUUUUCUAACUCUCCUCCUUACCCUGCUACUCCCACACCUUCACAUCUUUGGGGCCUAGGGAUACAGGGACCUGGUGUUCCCAGGCUGCCACCUCUCUUCCAUGACACAUCCUUGCACCCCGGCUCCUGAUGCCCUGAGCUAAGCCCUGGACAGGCUGGGACCUUGUCUCCAGCAGGCGUCCCCUGCUGCCCAUGAAGUGUGUGCCCCACUCACUAGGACUCUAGUGCUUUAGGGUGGCAGUGGUUCCUUCUCAGGUCACCCCCAGAGGCCUCAGGCGGGUAGGGUGAAUCUUAGGGUGUUCAUAGGAGGCCUUCUCUAGCCACCCUCCUCGAGCGUGGAUGAGGGAACAGGCUCAGAAGGGACCACAUCCACACCCUGGGCUUGCACCUGACGGGGGGCAGGGGGACUAUAAUGAUCUAACACCAGUGCUUCCCCAAGUGGACAGACCAGGCUCCUGGCCGCCAGUCCACAGGCUAGUACAUGUCUCCAAGAUGAAAUGAAGAAAGAUGAGCAAUGAACUGACAGUCAGUAAACCAUCUGUACUCCCUUUCAAUGGUUCACGUCUUCAUUCUCGUUUGAAAUAGUGCUGAAGAUAGAGAGUAGUUAGGGUUUUUAAAUUUUUUUUAAAUGCCCUUGCAUUGCAAAAUAAAGAUGACACUUGUAUGGCCUCUUCCAAAUUUGGGGGGAAACAUAAGGGGUCUAUAGAAGCCUCAGGACCACAGUUGUAGGCCCCUGCCUGCCUGAGUCUGGGCUGGAAGGUGAAAAGGGGGCCCUAGUGACAGGAGUGACAGGCAGAGGCCAGGGACAGGAUGGGGAGAGCAGGUGUCCUGGCUGGGCCCCGGAGGGGGAGGGGGGCUGGUGGGACAUUCUCCCCCACCUCCCUUCACAGCAGGGUGAAGCACUGCUGGUGGGGUCCACAGGCUGGGGCCCCCCCUCUGGUGGCCGAGAACUGUCCCUCUCAGAAAUGACAAGCUGAGGAUUGGGCCUGAGCAGUGACCAGAUCUUGGAACUGGAGUGGGGAGUGGCGGAGACCGCACAGGCCUCGGAAUGGAGCGCAACCAAAAGUAGACGAAUAAUGAAUGAAUGAACCAAUGUGAGUGAGAGACCGAGGGAGUGAGCUAAAGGAAGAAAGGAGCAACCAAGGAAGCAACUGUCCAGAGUAUCAACCCAGCACAGCCCAGCAGCAGGGGCAAAGCCAGUGAAAGCCUGAACCACUUCUAAGUUUUCAAAAAGAAAACAGAAAGAGCAGUGAGAGGAAGGGUUCGCGGAAACCUGUAAGCUGUGGCAGCCAGGGGUCUGGCUGAGAGCGGGGUGAUUGCAUGUGGAGGGUCCUUCAGCCAGGCCAGUGGCUCACAGGGCCAAAGCCACCAUCUUCCCCUAUCUCCAGAACAGAGGGGCUGCCCCAGGAGGGGAGCAGGGAUCCUGGGUGGGGGCAGGUCAGGGGCCGAUGGAGAGGGCCAGGAGCCUCAGAGUGGUGUACAGGCACCCAGCUUCGGGAGGGCAGACUCCCCCGCCAGCUCUGUCCCGUCAGCCAGUGGCUGUGGCAGGUCCCUUCACCUCUGUGAGCCCCUGGCCCCACUUGUACAGGUGGUGGAAAGCACAGAGGGCUGCUGCUCUUUGUCGCUCAUUCCUGGCUUCCUUUGCUCAUCCGUGACUCUCCUACCAGAGGUCUCUCCCUGGAGGGGGCCCCUACCACACAUGUUCCACCCAGCGAGCAGCCAGAGGCAGCUUUGCAAACAUACCUAAGUCUCUCUCCUGCCAAAAACCCCUCGGUGAUCCCCUUGAACCCUGAAUAAAUUCAGGGCCCUGUGGGAUCUGGCCCCGCGGCCCUGCUCUGCUUUGGCAGGAUGUUAGCGCACGUGGUCCUCUCUGCCUAGAGCAUCUGCACGGCUGGCCUUUCCCCUCCUUCAAAUGUCAUCUCCUUGGAAGACUUGUCCUAUCAUCCACCACAAAGUCCAGCACAUACCAGGUGCCUGGUCAAAUGGCAUUUCAGACUAGUCUCUCUUUUGGGGAUUCAAACCAGACUCUGUUCACUAGACCAGAGCUCGUAUAGAGCUUGUAGAUAGCAAAUAAGACUUCAGGACGCUGCCCACCCAGUUCAGUCCUAGGGACCCCGGGUCAGCAAGCCAAGGCCAGAGCUCCUGCAAGUCAGACUACUGGGCUGCCUGUGCAUUAUGCUAUCUACACCCGUCUUGCCUUUGGCCACAUUUGGCCAUUGGCCAGUAGGUGCCACCACCCUUCACACAGACACACACACAUACCCAAGUAUGCCUGGCAGCAGGGGACACUGUUACAUUUACAGCCACAAUUUGUGAGGCUUCUGAGCACCUGCUGUGGCCAGAGCAAGGGGCCGUCCGAGGUGAAGAGGGGACCGGAGUGGGAGGAGUGUGUUCUCUGUGUUGGGCAGGUGCUGGUGUCCACCCUAUGCCCUCAGCUAUCCUCACUCUGACCCUGCAAGGCAGGCGUCACCAUGAUCCCCAUCCUCCAGGAGUCCCUGAGGUUUAGAGAAGGAGAGAUUUGUCCAUCCAUCCAUCCAUCCAUCUGUCUGUCCAUCUAUCCAAUACACAUCUAUGAAGCACCAACUGAGCCUGGCACAGGACAGGGCUUGAGGCCAGCUGGGAGGGAGGGGAACUGAGGAGGCCUUCCCCUCUGCCCUCCCCCACCUUGCAAGGCCCUACCUGACCCUACACCAAAUAUACCUGGGAACCUGCUGUGGUUGGGUGUUGCAGCCAGGCCUGAGCCGGGGAUAUUUGGGGACCUGCUGCCAGCCUGUGCUGGACAAACCUGGGACUCCAUGUGCCCUGUACCCCCGGGGGGCUGGGAGCAGAGGCAAGGGUCUGGGUGCAGUUUAUCCUUGCCCUCUCCCCAUGGGGAUCUCAAAAUCAUGCCCCCCCCCCAUCUUCCCUGGGCCUGGGAAAAUGAAUCAAACACAUGGCAGACUCCACCCCCCGCCAACCCCUGUGGCCUUCCUCUUGAACCUGCUGAGUUCUUAUGGCACAAAUGGGGAAACUGAGGCCUGGAAAGAGAGUGUGAGCUGUCCAAGGUAUAGGUCUGGGAACUCCCAAGACAGUGCUCUUUUCUCUCCUCCACACAGCUGUCUUAGCUUCAGUGUCCCAGUCUGGGAACACAAGGGACCCAGACAGGGAGGCUAAGGGCUCUGUCUCAGGGCUCCAAGAAGGGCGAUGUGUGUGCCGGGGGCGCUGAGCUGUUUUCAAGCACUGAACUCACGAGGUGACUCUGAGAUGAGGCUGGAAGCCACCAUCUGCUGGCUCAGCUGUAUGAGCGUGUGCACAUGUGCGUGUGUAUGUGUACACGCUCACUAUCUACACGUCCUCUGUGAUCGAUGCGGGCUUCGAGACUUCCUGUGCACUGGGGCAGAGACCAGCGCUGUUCUUAAAGCAACAUCCUCAGUCCACGACCAGACGGUCCUUAGAGACGGGCCCACUGACCGCUGGGACAGCCUGGCCAGUGCAGACCCCCUCAGAGCUGGAUCACAGGGUGGAGGGGCUGCAGAGCCGGACUCACCCUGGCAGAGGAGUAAACAGAGGCCGGGUGCCCUUUCAGCUGUGGCCUUUACCAGCCCUUAGACGUGCCCUCAGGUAAGUGGGCUGCUGGCUGGGGGCCGGGGCACCUCUUAGUGGCCUAUGGAGGGAGAGGGGAUGCCAUGGAAGAGGAGAGGGCAGACAGUAGGUGAGUCUCAGUGUAGCCCAGGGGUUCCUAGAAAGGGUAGGAGGGGCCUGGACUGUCACUUAGCAGCUGUUUGACCUUGGGCAAGCCACUCCACCUCUCUGAGCCUCAGUUUCCUCGUCUGUAAAAUGGAGAGUGACAAUAGAAGAACUCUCCUCUCUUGGCUGCUGUGGGGAUUAAAUAAGACACAGCACUUAGGCCAGGAGUGCCUGGCACACAGUAAGUACAUAGUAAAUGCUCCGGCUCCCCCUCCCAGCUGAGCCUCAGAGUGUCCCCACACCAGCCACCUCAUGCUUAUGGGGCUUCUAUUGAGAGCACCCCACUUCUGAGACUUAAGCUGACCCUGUAUGUUAACUAAGCAAGGGUCCAGGUUAAGACCAGAGGCUCAGCGUCUCCUCCCAGGUGGGCCUCCCCACCUGACCCACUGCGCCCAGAACAACAGAACCUGCAUUUGCUGAGUGCUGGCCGCCCUGGGCAUGGCCAGGAGUGCCCACAUGCACUGAGGUGUGUAUCACCAGCCCAUUUCACGGAUGAGUCCUGAGGUCCAGGAAGGUUGAGCAGCCCGCCCAGGGUGACCCAGCUAGGAGGACCCAGCUAUAUUAGACUCCAGAGCCCGUGCCCUCGGGAAGCCUAGGCCACAGGGCCCCCCAUGGUUGGCCUCAUACAGGGAGCAGUUGGGGGAGACAGGACUGGACGAGGGAGUGGGAGGGGCAGAGGCUGCACCCCUCUGGCUGGCCUGGUGGGAGUCUGUUGGGCAUGGCCUCCUGUGGCAAGUACGUAGCUGGCGCACACAGUCACAAUUAAGCCGAGUAAAUAUUUACAGCCAUUACGACAAUUGAUCGCCUUCGAUCCUGUGAGCUGCUGCGAGAGCGCCCUGCUUACUCAUGCUUUCUUAAAAACAGCCUCUUCUCUAGCACGUCUUUAAUAAUUCAGCUCCUAAUUGUCUCCAAACAAACCUGAAAACGCCAACUCAGGGCCUUCACCCCCACCCUGGUGCUGCUCCCAUCCCCCCUUUCCUGCUGCAGACCCUGGCCUCUCUGCCCGCCUGUGACCACUUCCGGGAGGGACUCGGGCCUGAUGGGUUCCGGUGUCCCCUCCUUUGGAUGCUGCGGUAGCAGCAACAGCAGAGGAGAGGAGAGCCGGGAGUCACUGAGUCGCAGGGCUGGAGGAGGGGGUAGGCAGGAGCAGGAGGGUGCGGCCACCGCUCCCAGGGAACCCCACAGUGCUGAAGAAUGAGGAGGGGAAGGCUGAGGACACGGGGGCAUCUUGAAGUGACAGGGGAUGCCCAUCCUGAAUGGGUCCCUGGACAGGCCUCAGGCCAGAAACUGCUCCUGCGUGGGCUGGGGUGGAGAUGGAGACAAAUCGAUAUUUACAGUGUCUCCCGGGUGAGAGGGCUCCUGAACAGGGCUUCCUGGCUGGCGGUGCUCCCUGGUGCCCUCUGGGGGCCAUCUCUAUAUGGGAGGGGUGCAUCUGGGGGACUGCGUCAUGUCUCAGCCCUGCCAGCCUGGCAGGGUGACCAGGGGUUACUAAUAGCAUCUCUCUGAGCUCCACUUCCCUUCUUCCCAAGGCCCAGGCAGGGGGACACAGGGGUGCCAGGCAGUAUCUGCCCAGUGAAAUCCUUAUGGCCACUGGGGACGGGCCUGGCUGAGGCUGACACCAUGCAGCUAAUGAGUGGUGGCCCAUGUUGGGCCAGCAGCCCCCACUGCAGAGGGACCUCUGGGCCAGGGCACCAGAGCUGUGGUUCCCAGUCCCUGUGAGGUCGCCAGGCUGGCGCUGGUCCGGCGAAACUUCUGAGACUCCUCUGCCCUCCAACCCCAGGUCAGGCCAAUAGCAUCCAGCUGUACUUUCACUAAACAAGUCCUGGAGCUUGUCUGCCAGAGGCUGUCUUGGGCCCUGGGGACGCAGCAGGGAACCGGACAGAUCAAACUCCCUCUAGAGUUCACAGGCUGUAAAAUGAGACUGAUAAGCAAAUUACACAUUAGAAAGGGGUAGGGCUACAGAAAUUACACAGGCAGGGAAGAGGGCUGGGGGCGUCCAGGGCAGGGCUUGGCAGGACUGUGACAUUUGAGUAAAGACCCGAGGCGGUGAGAGAAGAGCCAAAGGGAAACCUCUCCAGGCUGAGGCACAGCCAGGGCCCAGAGGUGGGGUAAGCCAGCACGUCUAGGGAACACAGAGGUGGCCGGUGUGCAGGUGCUCAGAGAGGGCACAGCAUGGGGGCAGAUCAAGAAGGGUCUAUGGGCCACUGUGGGGCUUCAGUUCUUCGUGGGAAUGAGGCGGAACCCAGGGGUUUGAGCCGAACGGUGCCAGGAGCCGCCUUCUACUCCGAGCUGACCCUCCUGCUGCUCCUGGGUGGAGAAACCGCAGGGGCCAGGAGGGUGCGGGGCUCUUGUGGUCACCAGGCACCACGGGCUGGGGCAGGGUGCCAGCCACGAGGCCGUGAGUAGCAGGCGGGUCCUGGAGGCAUUUUGAAGGUGGCGCUGAAAGGAUUUACUGCUGGAUGGAAGGAAGGGUAUAAGAGAAAGAGAGGAGUUGAGGAUAGGGGAUAGGCGAAGGCUUUUGCCCUGAGCUUCUGAAGAUCUGAGUGGUUUUGCUCCUGGGAAAAAUGGAGGAGCAGACCUGGUGUGGGAGGUGAUGGGAGCUCAGCUGUCGGAUGUUAAGUUUGAAACAUCUAAAGACGUCCUAGUGGAGGUAUUGAGAAGACAGCUGACAGUUGGGAGAGGAAAGAGGUUGAGAUUGGAGAGAGAAAAUGGAGAGUCAUUAGCACAUAGAUGGGAUUUAAAGCGAAAAGACUCGACAGAAGUGGUCUAGAGCCGAGCCAGGCACGCACACCAAUGUUUAAAGGCUCCUGUGCACACCCCCAGAGCUUGGCCCAUGACAUCUACAGAAAGUUUUUAUUCUUUAUUCUGUCCAGAAAAGCACUUAUCCAUAUUCCAGAAAUUGACCUUCAUCCUGCUCUAACCAUUGGUUGCGAUGAGGGCUUCCAGUGUUUCACAUGUUUAUUCGUCUAGAGGUGGGCACCUGGCACUGCCAGGCCCGUCGUAGCAGGAGUAGCCACUGGCCAGGGCAGGCACUUGGCCCUGGCUGGGCCAAUGAGACAGUUCCCAGAUCUUUGGACAGCGUCUGGAGCAGAGAGGCUGUGACACAUGUGGUGGCUUGUAGUAGCCAAGAAUCAAGCCAUGUGGAAGAAGCCAUGUGGGGAGACCGAGGCUGACACCCAGAGUCAGAAUGUGAGAAGUGGAGAACAGUUUGAGCCCUUGCUUCUGGUCAUCCCUGCCCCCUUCUCGUCCUGUGGUUUUGUUUAAGGGCCAAUAAAUCCCUUUGCCUGAGCAGGUUCAAUCAAGGGAGCUCUAAUACAGCAUCUUGGCAGCCAGGUGGAGCGGGGAGGCAUGGACAGGGGAACCGGGAGGCCCAGACAUGAGGGAAAGACUGGUUCUCCUAAGCCCUGGACGGAUGCCCCAGAGCCAGGCCCAUGAUGGGCGUGUGACACACAGUGCUCGCUGAGGCCGAGACCAGAUGCAAUACUGAUUGCGAGAACAUGUUAGUGACCUGAUUCUACUCUGAGUCCCCUAUUUUAAAAUACAUAUAAGGCCUAUGUUCAUUCUUUUGGGCUCCUGAUGGAGGUUUGACUGUUUCCUUGUUUGUUGAUUUCAUCCACUAGGAACCUCAGGGAAACAAUGAACGUAUGGGUUAAGUUCACGCAGCAGCCAGGGGGUGGUUUGGGUUCACGGCUCAGGGCUCUUCCUUCCCAUUGUAUUCUGAAUGCAGGCCUCUGCAAGGCCCCUUGUUUGGGGGACCUGAUGGCAUCCCUACCAAUGGACAAACCUGUCUGCACACAACCGUGGAGCAGGAUCCAGGGGGGCACCUCUGCUCAGGGCCAGCACACACCGGGCUCGGCAAGUGCCAGCCUCAUGAGCCUUAUCACACUCCUCCUGAGAGGGACCGAGUUCUGCUGGCAUUUUACAUGAGUUAGUGAAGGAGACUGGGCCAAGACAGUGAGGCGCAUCUCUGCUUCCAGCUCUCCUAGGAAAGACAACCAGAAAAGAAUGAAGAAGGGGUACCUCAGUGGGCCAGAAAUUAUGAGGAAUCCCCAAAAGGCACCAGACAGGUGGGAUCACACUGAGGGAGGGAAAUGCAGUGCAAAGGUGCUUAGAGAGAGUGCAGCCUUCGGACUCGGUGGGUGGCAACAGAGAGCAGGAGAGGCGUGGAAGUCAGAGCAUCUGGGUGAGGGCUGCCCCCACCACCCGUCUUUGCACAACGGUGCCCACGCCAGAGCAGAGCUAAGCAGGGGCACGUGGACCUGAGAGGCAGGAGUGUCCUGGGUGACCGACAAUGCCAAGAAACACAGGGUGGAACCUAGUCCCAGACGGCGAACCGUGGGCACACCCGUCACGUCGUCCAUCCCCCCCCGCCUCACCCUCCCUGCAGGGGCAGAUCCACAUGCGUGCAGACGUGGACCCGUGCCCGAGAGCUACCCAACAUCGGAGGGAAACCAACAAUAUCAAAGAGAGGCAUCAAGCUCAAUGAAAUGGAGAAGUAACACACAAAUCAGUAGAAUUACUAAGAAAAACAAAAGAAAAAAGUAUAGAAUAAGUACAAUUAAUAUUGUCAGAGAUCCUAGGUAUAGAAAAGAAUAUGUAUAGUUAAUAUGCUCAGAGAUCUAAGAAGACAUUAUGUGCAUCCAGAAGAAUCAACCAUCUUGGAAGUGAAACCAUAAUUGCUGAAAUGUAGAAAAUUUCAUAGACGGGUUGAAUAGCAGAAUGAUUGCCCUAAAAGGCAAACUAAUGAGCUUGACUCUCUAGCCCAGAGCUUUUAUCGAAUUAUAUAUACUAAAAGGUAAAGAGAUGAAAAUAUGAAAAAGAAUUAAGAAUCACAGAGGAGAGUUUCAACUUUCAUCUAAAAGGAGUUCCUGAAAGCAGUGAUUGAGAGAACAGAGAGGAGGAAAUAGUCAUUAACAGAAAAAUCGUGAGUGUCAUUUCAUUUAGGCUUCCCAGCAGCGCAGCGAGGAAGACACACUCUAUACGGGAGAACCCAGGGAGAAGGGAAGGGCCCCUCAGCAAGGAGGAAGUCCUGCUCCCAGGUAGGCCUGGACUCCAGAGCUGGGGUCGUGCUAACGAAGACAUGCUGGAUGUUCUCUGGAAGCUUACAUGGUGGAAGAGUGUUUCUCCAAGUGUGGGCUGUGGGAUAUUAAUACGCAUCACGUGCAGAGGGAUUCUGAGGUCAGAUGCAUUUGAGAAGUGCUCGUCAGAGGAUGUUAAACAAACUCAGGCACUCUGUUUUGAAGGCAGUGUGGGGUUUAAGAGCCCUGGCUGCCUGUGGAACCAGUCGGACCUGGGUUUUCAGCCCUUCUCUGCCUCUUUUUGUUUUUGUGAUGUUUGGGAAGACUUUUUGCCCUUCUGGGCCUCGAUUUUCUCAUCUGUUAAAUGGGAAUCAUAAUUACACCUCUGGCCGUCUCCCAGGUUUUAAGGACCGGAGGAAAUGAUAGGCAUGAAACCGCUUUAUGACCUGGAGAGUGUACUACUCUGCACCCGCCUGUCUCAUGUGACUUCUGACACUAAGUCCUCUGUCUUCUUGCUGCUUCAGGCCGUGAUGGGCAGCUGUACAGACUCAACUUUUCAUACACCAUUUAGAAAGUUGGACUCCAGAGUCUGUUCUUUCGGUAAAUAUGUGAGCGAGGAGAAGAGGCCAGGUUGCUGACUUCAGGGAACCCCUGGGCAGCACCGUUGCCUGUCCUCAUGCCCCGGACCCUUGGGGACAGCGCAGGGCAGCCAGAGGCCCACUCCCUCCUGCUGCUGGGGUGGGGAUGCGCUGCGCGUGCCCCUCCCACCCCCUCAAGCUGCUGCCAGGUGUCUUUCAGAUGUUCAAGUCCAGGCGAGGUGAGGGCUGAGGAAGGAGUUUUGGCCAAAGAGUUGAGAGGCCUGGACUCUUGUCCCCCCAGGCCACUGUGUGACUUCACAGCCCCUGGCUGGGCCUCACUUGUCUCAUCUGUGAAUGGGAGUUGGGAGGAAAUCACUGCAGCCUCUCCCACCCCAAAUCUGGUCAUGCUGCGGCUACAGUGGUCACAACAGAAAGAACAAGACAAACCCUCCAUUGCUCUUGGAAUGAAGGCCUGACCGACCUCUUCGCCUCAUAUCCUGGCCCUGCUUGGCCCUGCCUCCCGGUCUGCUCUCUGUGGCCCGCUGCACUGGCUUACCUUCAGUCUCCCGCCCACCCCUUCCCUGCUCACGCCAUGUCACAUUCUCCUGCCCUGCAGCUCACAGCCCGGCCCAUCCACCCCCCAAAGUCCUCAUCCGCUUCUUUGCCUUCAGAACUGUACUUGCAAAUGUCCAAGCUCCCUCUGGGAAACCUGCUCUGGGCCUCAAGCUUGGGAUGGGAGCUCCUCUGACGUAUUUCUCUCAUCACGGUCUUUGCCAGUUGCUAUAGUAACAGUUCGUUGUCUGUCUCCCCCUCCGGAACGUAAGCUCCUUGAGGCCAGUGGCCAUGUCGGCCAUGUUUAAUCCCGUAUCCACCAGGCACAGAGCAGACACACAGUAAAAUACGUGUUGAAUGAGUACAUGCAUGAGACCUUCCGGAGCAUGUGCACACGUCAGAACCCUGAUGCUCCUGGAGUGCAGGCCGUGGACAGCAGCGACAGUGAGCUGGAGCUGUCCACAGUGCGCCACCAACCAGAGGGGCUGGACCAGCUGCAGGCACAGACCAAGUUCACCAAGAAGGAGCUGCAGUCCCUCUACAGGGGCUUCAAGAACGAGUGUCCCACAGGCCUGGUGGAUGAAGACACCUUCAAACUCAUUUACUCGCAGUUCUUCCCUCAGGGAGGCCUGGUGCUGCCUCUGUCCUGUUGGAAGGGGGGACUUCAGCCCAGGACACAACUGGAACCCUCGGCAGGUCUGUCUGGGAUGGGAUCGGGGCUCGAGCUGCCAGGGAGCCCCAAAACACCCCAGCCCUCGUCCUCGCUCUUACCAGAUGCUACCACCUACGCGCACUUCCUGUUCAAUGCCUUCGAUGCCGACGGGAACGGGGCCAUCCGCUUCGAGGACUUUGUGGUUGGCCUCUCCAUCCUCCUGCGAGGAACCGUCCACGAGAAGCUCAAGUGGGCCUUUAACCUCUACGACAUUAACAAAGAUGGCUACAUCACCAAAGAGGAGAUGCUGGCCAUCAUGAAGUCGAUCUAUGACAUGAUGGGCCGCCACACCUACCCCAUCCUGCGGGAGGACGCGCCUCUGGAGCACGUGGAGAGGUUCUUCCAGAAAAUGGACCGCAAUCAAGACGGGGUGGUGACGAUUGAUGAGUUCCUCGAGACCUGUCAGAAGGAUGAAAACAUCAUGAGCUCCAUGCAGCUGUUCGAGAAUGUCAUCUAGGACAUGUCGGGGGUUCCCUGAGUGGCCAUUGCCACCCCUGGCCCCGAAGAAACCUCAGUCCUGCCAGGAGCAGCCUCCAUGAGAAACUUUUUUCUAAUAUAUUUGGCAAAAAGUGAACAGUUUGCUCUAGACACACACAUGCACACACACACACACACACACACACACACACACGGACUCCAUUCCUCUGGGCUGGCAGAGGGAGACAGGGUCAAGGAGGCCUGAGUCUGGCUGGGAGCUGGAUUAAGGUGACAAGAGCUGAACACCCCUCGCCAGGCCCUGUCCCAGGCCAGUGGGGCGAAGCCGCCUCCAGGUGGGCAGCUCAAAGCACAGCGUCUGCAGGCGGCCGGCCCUGGGUGUUAGCAGGAGAGUGCUCAAGCUUUCCUGCAGAGGAGGGUCCAGUCUCCAAAGCAAAGGUGCCUCCUGUGUGUGCCCACUCGCCCCGCCCUCCUGCCACCCUUCCUGCCCACCACACGCGGGCCAGGUUCUGGGGGCUGCUCUGGCCUACUUGUCCCCCCAGCCACUCCUUGCCCACCAACCACACUCCCAGAAUGCCCCUCACCACACGACCCUGGAGAGCAGCUGAAGGUCCAGGAAGUUCUGAUGAGGAGAGAGGUGGUGAUGGAGACACAGCCUGCUGCUUUGUGGACAUGCUUCCUCCGGGUCCCAGGAUGCCUGCCACUCCACUGAGCUGGACAAGCUCGGGUGCUGAGGGGCCACUGGGCUCCGUGCCCUCUCCACCCCAGGAAGGGAGGCCUUUCAAGUUCAGGGAUUGGGUUUCUUGGUGGAGAAUCUGAGGGGAAUUGUCUGCCAGCGCCACUGGAUGGGAGAAGCCUUCCCUUGCCCCAGUCCUGGCUCAGUGGGGAUGCAGUGGGUGGGACCGCCCAUACCCUCAGCCUCUAGGCUGUUUCCCUCCAAGGUCGUUGUUGGUCCUGAGAAGAGGUCCUAUGGCUCAGGGCUGGCAGCCGGGGAGCCCAGGAGGCGGAGCGGGCCUGGGAAGGGGCUUCUCCCCACCUUACCCCUCUGCCCCAUCUCCUUUAGCCCAGGAGUUUGGCUGAGCACCGCCCCCCUUCCUGGGUAGGGGCCUGGAGCAGUGUGGCUGCUCCUCCACCCCAACCCCCCACAAAAAGCACAAGCACCCCCAGCAGCUCAGGUCGCAGCCCACGAGGAGAGCCAAGGACACUGCUUUUCCAAGACAAGGCCCUCCUGGUGGGCUGAGGCCUGGGUCUCAGCAGCCCCAGUACAGGUGGCCCUGGGGAAGAGGUGUGGGGGUCAGUUCUGUGCCUCAGAGCAGCAGGGGCUCGAAGCCCAUCCCCAGCCCAACCCAGCCCAGCUCAUCAUUCAAAAGCACAAACCCUGGGGACUCCGCUUGGCUGGGUUCUGCUCUGGGAGUGGAAUCUGGUGUCACCUUGAAGCCAGAGCCAAUAGUGAGGGCUGAGGGCCCUAAGGCCGGGUGGCAGGAUGACAAAAGUCGCCAGGAAAGAGAGAGAGAGAGAGAGAGGCUGCCCCUUCCUGCCCAGGCCUCCCAGAGAAGGAACCCAGCCCCAGGCAGCACGGGGCCCUUGCAAGGAACAUUCCCACGUGAUACAUUCCAUCGGCUGCCGUCCUAUCGCUGCUCAGGCCUGGCCCCAGGGGGAGCAGGCCCCUCGGAGGCAAGGCUGGGCAGCAGAGGCUGUGAAGACUGGUCUGGCUCAGCCAUGGGGACCCCUUGACACCCACACACAGGUGAUCCUCCCUCCCAGAGCUGCACUGACACCCCAUCUCCAGUCUGACUGGGGGGUCGCUCUCCUCUCCUCCAGGAGGGUAUCAGCUUUCCCUGGCUCAGGGAUCUUCUCCCCCUCCCCUACCCCUAGCCCGAACCUCCCAGCUGGUGUAGCUCUGCUUCUAAAGGCCCAAGGCCAUAGAAGAGGGUCACCACCAUUCCCCUGCCCCCCCUGACCUCGGGCCAGACUGGCUACACGUCCAACCAGGAGUGGUGUGUCUCCCGUUCUGGGACAGGGACUGGCGGCAUGUCUGCAUGGCAGAAGCAUCUCCUUCUGUGCGGCUUGGGAGGGUGGUUCCUGUUCUCAGUGCCCACCAAUAUUCAGUCUGUAUAUUUUAAUAAAAUAAACUUGACAAAGGA